AUGUUUGUGAAAAUGUAUAUUUUUAGAUUUACUUUAAAAAAGAUUGUCCAAAUAUCGAAUGUAAGACGGAUCUACGACUUAAAGCUAAGGCUGACUAUGGCACAUCCGAAGACUAUUUCAUUAUCGGCGCAUCCACAUUGACUAUAGAUGUUAGCAUCUUGAAAGAAGGAGAUCCUAGUUACAGCUCUAACUUCUUUAUAGCAUUUCCGAAUACUCUUCAAUACCAGAAGGUUACCAAGGUGUAUGGGGACUCGGAGAUCAAUUGUGGUUUUGUUAAUUUUGGAACUGACGAUUCUGAUGAAGAAGAUAUCGAAUCCCUCGACUAUUUACAAAGAAGAAAUAUCCCAAAAAUAACAGAAAACGAAUUAUUACUGGCAUGUUCAUUCGGGAAUCCAUUGUAUGCUAACAAUGGAGUAAGGUUUCAGUUAAGUAUGUCUGUACCGGAUCCGAUCAACAACACUAAGCUGGAGUUUAAACUUAAUGCUACCACUUUAAGUACGGAAUUAGUACCAGCAGAUAACGUGAAAACUAUCAAUGUACAAGUUAGAAAUCAAGUGGCAACCACCAUUACGGGGAUAUCAAAACCUAUACCCCUAACAAUAAAAGACAAGGAAAGGAAAUAUCUGAUAUCACACACAUACGAGUUACGAAAUAAAGGACCGAGUUCUCUGCCCACAUCGACACUCCUGAUAUUAUACCCGCAAAUCCAACAGGGCGGCUCACCUCUCCUUUAUCUUAAUACAGCCAAUUGGAGCUGCCCACCACCGUGUAGAGUGUUUUGUUCUUUACCGGACGCGACCAACACCACCCCUGUCGUACAUGCCGCUAGUAUGGGACCUACAUAUCUCGAGACGCUUGAAGAAAAUGAUAAGAAUAUUCGGGAAUCUAAAACUGUUGCUGACAUGAAAAACAUUGAUUGUGCAGAGGGAGACUGUUCCAGAUAUGAAUGUAAUCUCUAUGACAUUCCACCAAGAGAGAGUGCUGUGGUCACGUUAGAAUAUGUUGCCUCGGGAGAUAUAUUGGAUAAAGUAUCGGAUGGCGGUGCCAUAAAGAUUAGAUCAAAGGCUUAUGUUAGACUCUUGGAUCUCAGUCGGCUGAUAACUGAUGCCUCCGAACAAUCCGAAUCGGUAUACUCGGAUCUGUUGCCAGUGUCAGUGUCCUCGACUCCUAAAUGGUCGCCGCCUCCUCAACGUCUACCCUGGUGGAUAAUUUUGCUCAGCGUACUGGGUGGACUUCUUAUUGAUGUGCUUAUCGUAAUUAUUCUAUGGAAGAUUGGAUUUUUCAAACGGAAGCAAAUGGAAGAGUUGAGAAGAAUGCAACAGUAUUGUGUUGGAGGGAGAAAGACUGGAUCUUUAAAAGGGAAGCAAAUGGAAGAGAUGAGAAGAAUGCAACACGAUUGUGUGGGUGGGAAGAAAACAAUGCUAGGUGACAAACGGGUGCAAAUGGAAGAGAUGAGACGAAUGCAACACGAUUGUGUGGGGGGAAGAAAAAAAUGCUAGGUGACAAACGGAUGCAAAUGGAAGAGAUGAGAAGAAUGCAAUACGAUUGUGUUGAGGGAGAGGGGAGAAAAACACUGCUAGGUGACGAGCCUGAAAUGGGUAUUAAGACUAUAAAUAGACAUCAAUGAAUGUCAUGCUUAUAAAAAAACUAUCAGUGACAAUAAAGUGAAAGACAGAUACCAGGUUUUUAAAUACAAAUGUAGAAACAAGUGGAGUGUAAUUGGUUACUGUACAUUUAGGUUCUCAUUGACCGCCGUACAGUGACCUACUUUUGGCUUAAAAUUCAUAUAUUUGGCUAAUAAUUCAUGGAAAUUGCAUAGAGGUAAGUUAUUACCACUUUGUGCUUCAAAAUUAACUCUUUAAGGGCAUGACUGGUGACAUGUUUGGAGUCCGUCUUCGACAGCGAAUACUGCAUUUUGUGCCCUUACGGGCGGAUGGACCCUCAUUAAGCAUAGACUAGAAGGAGAAGUGGAGUAAAAGAAGAACAAUCAGCCCAAAGAUGAACUUAUGAUACGAUAAAAAAUUAAACUAUUUACCAAUAAGCAUAUUUGCACGUCUAGAGUUAGUCGUUUUUUUUUUCAAUAAACGAGAAGUUUACAUUCA